UUCGCCACUAUCAUUUCUGUCGCGGCGGCGCUCGUACGCGCCACACACGCCCGGCAGUCCGUCCUUCCUGGCAAGUUCACGCGGAGACCGGAAGCUGCGAUCCGUUCGCGCGUACACGCGUCUUGACGUGCCUCCUUGACGCGUGUCCACCCCUCGCCCCCUGUGCCCUCUCUCUUUGAAAUCGUCAGUGACGCGGUUUUUUUAACGCCAUAAAAAGAAAAUAAUUGUGCUCUUUUGAAUUUCAAAUCGAGAUCGUACGACGUAGAUCUUUUUGCACGCGGGGGUGCGCGAGGGUUUUAUAUGGGACAUGUAUGCCACGUGGAUCCAGCCGGAAGAUCCACCUGCUGCUGGCGCUGUCGAGUGGGAUUAGGCGAGCAGGCACGACGGAUGGCCUGAGCCUCGGAACGAAUCUUCCAUGGACCGUCCACGAAAAUCGGAGGAUGAUUCGUUGUGCAUCUUUCCAGGAUUUUCGCAUCGACGAUGCUGCUGGCGAUCAACUGUGAUCAGGAUGGAUCUGGGAUCGAUUCUAGUCCUGAUGAUACUAAGUGCGGCCGGUGUUUCGUCCUUUCACAUGCCCGACAAAUAUCCCAUAGAAGUGUAUCAUAUGUUACAAGAAAGAACACAAUUUGGAAUUGGACGUGAUAAUAGGGUGAGAGGAACUUGGGGCACAUGGAGCUCGUGGAACGAAUGCUCCAGAUCAUGUGGCACUGGUGUCCAGUCUCAAUCUCGAGAAUGCAUUCCUUUACGGAGACUCUUAAGAAGACGAAGUAUUAUCUCGGAGAAUGAUACGAGUAGCGUCAGACCUAUUUGUAUCGGCACAUAUAAGCGCUACCACACGUGUAAUACACAGGAAUGCCCGAACUUUGCGGAAGACCUGCGGGCAGAACAGUGCGCCAAGUACAAUGUGAAGACGUAUAAGGGUCGCAGUUACGUCUGGGUACCCUUCGUGGACGCGCCGAACUCCUGCGCGCUCAAUUGCCGUGCAGUCGGCGAGCGUUUUUACGCAACGCUUGAACCGGCAGUAAUGGAUGGCACGCCCUGCGAUGCUCCGAAUCUUCGCGGACGCGGCAGCAACGGGAUUUUGACGGAACGCAGCGGCGAACGGUGGCUCUGCGUCGCCGGACAAUGCAAGCCCGUAGGAUGUGACGGGGUAGUGGGAUCCGGAGUGACGAUGGAUGCCUGCGGUGUGUGUGGUGGUCAGGGUAAGGAAUGCAGAUUGUUCGAAGGUAUCUUCAUGGAACCGAAUUUGCCCAAGGGUCAUCAGCAAGUGACCACGAUUCCAAAGGGCGCCAUGUCACUCAACAUAUCCGAGCUACGGUUCAGCAGCAAUUUUUUAGCGUUGAAAGACAGUAACGGCAGUUACAUCCUAAACGGUCCGCGGUCUUACAGUCCCAGUGGUACUUAUAAAGCGGCUGGUACGACAUUAACAUACCAGAGGGGCGAUAGAAACCGUAUGGAGUGUAUCUUAGCGACUGGACCGUUGAACGAGUCUUUACAUUUAGAGAUUUUAUCCAUAGAAUUAAAUUCAGGCGUUGUGUACAAAUACAUGCUACCUAUACAGGAAGUGCCGGAUAGUAAAGCGGUGAUUGCACCGCCGCUGCUUAUCGCAGGAUCGAAUGAUCGGGGCAAUGAGAUACCUAGUCCAGAUGCUCAUGUGACCGUGCGGGUACCAGUUACAAGAAUAUCAAAUCGACGAACCGAUUUAUCUCCGACGCGUCGCAAUCGCAAUCUACACGGCGGACGGAAGGAAGAGGUGACGGAUCCGCCGACUACCGUGAUAGUGGGUAAUAAGCUAAAGUCAAAGACGAUGAAGAAAAAGAAAAAAAAGUUUGCCUGGAAAAUAAUCGGCUACUCUCCUUGCUCGAAGGAAUGCGGAGGAGGCAUACGUUCAACGAUUCUAAAGUGCAUUCGUGAGAGUAAUCAGACUCCUGUCAAUGAUAAACGUUGUCGCAACGUGGCAAAACCGAAUCCUCCCCCGCUGCGAUGCAACGAUCAUCCUUGCUCCGCCAGAUGGCGAGUCGAGCAGUGGAGCAAAUGUUCGGUCACUUGCGGAGAAGGCAUCAGAACGCGGAAAAUCGAAUGCGUUCAGGAGUUGAAUGCAAGAUUGACAAUACCCGUCGCUGCCGGUGCGUGCAUUCAACCGCUAGAUCUGAACACCACGGAAGCUUGCAAUCUGCCCCCCUGUCCCAACACAGAGCCCCCUGUCGCAGGCCCUGUCGUAGGCCCAAAAUUGAGGCAUAUGCUCUCACAACACGACGCACCCAGGUGGGAAGUGACCAUUUGGAGUCCGUGCUCGACGACAUGCGGUCGUGGAAUCCGAAAUCGAACAGUAACUUGCAUAACGACCGGAGAACCUUGUUCACUAGCCAAUAAGCCGGAAUCUGAAAAAGCGUGCGAAAUUACAACUUGUAAUGCAGUAACGGACAUAGGACAUCAUUCACCCUGGCUGUACUCAGAAUGGUCUUCUAAAUGCUCUGCGGAAUGUGGAAAUGGUUUGAAAAUUAGACGAGUGGCAUGCGCUGACGGUAGCGAAUUAUUUUGCAAUCCCAAAGAGAGACCGGACACGGAGAUCCCUUGUUUCGAACGAGGAAUGAACUGUGAUCGGGCCAAAUGGUUCAUCGGUCCAUGGACUUCCUGUUCUGUCUCGUGUGGGGAUGGUAUGCAACAUCGAGAUAUUUCUUGCAUAGCUAGAACCAAUGAUGAGUUUGUCAUACUAUCUGCAAAAAAUUGCAGUGAUCCGAAGCCAGCGACUAAACAAGUCUGCAGAAAUUCGGCAUGUUCGCCGGAAUGGUUCACCUCGAAUUGGUCGUCGUGUUCUGUAACAUGCGGAAUUGGAGUACAAACACGACUUGUACGAUGCAUUUUCGAGGGUAUCAGUAGCAUCAAUUGUUCAGAAAUCACGAAACCAACCAUGGAGCAACAAUGUAAUAUGGAACCGUGUAAGAAGGAGAUACUAGGAGUGAACAAACCACCGAAAAAAGUGCACGAACCAUCCGAGUGCGUUGACAAAUAUCCGAAUUGCGCUUUAGUAGUAAAGAACGGUUUAUGCCGAAUCAAAUAUUACAAGCACUCGUGUUGCCAAUGUCGCCAGUAGCUAAGGCAGUAAUUUUGCGUUCAUUCACAAUUUUAUGAAUGCGAUGUUAGUAUUCAUUGAAUAAAAUAUAGAUAUCAUGUCACAGAGGCAAAUCAUGCCGAGCGUAAGACUGCUACAGAAAGAUGAUUAUAUAUGUAUAGUUUUAUUUAUGUUACGCGACAUGGAUUCGAAUUACACGUUUUCUUAUGUAGUCAUAUUUUCUUUUGCCAAUCAGAGUAAUGUAAUUUUCAUAGAAUUGCAGAAUUUUUUCUUUUUUUUUUUUUCAAAGAAUAUCUCGACGAAUCAGAAAGAAUCGAUGAAUUCAGAACGCAAAAUUUAUUUCUUUUUCUCUUCGUUUUAAUCUUUCAUUUUAGUUUUACGAGUCAACUUUUGGAGAAAUAUUAAAAUUGUGCUCUGAA